GCACUCUCUCUCUCUCUCUCUCUCUCUCUCUCUCUCUGCUAUAUUAAACGUAUUGGUGCACUCCCGAGAGAGGAGAAAGAGACAAUUAAUGGGGUGGGCAAUAGCUUUGCACGGCGGCGCCGGAGACAUCCCGUUGAAUUUGCCGGCGGAACGCCGCCUGCCACGUGAAGCUGCUCUGAAACACUGCCUUAACGUCGGUGUCGCCGCUCUCAAAGCCAACAAAAAUGCCCUUGACGUUGUCGAGCUCGUCGUUCGCGAACUAGAAAAUCACCCAAACUUUAAUGCGGGUAAAGGAUCUGUCUUAACAACUGCAGGCACAAUUGAAAUGGAAGCCUGUAUCAUGGAUGGUAAUACAAUGAAGUGCGGAGCUGUUUCUGGCCUCACAACUGUAGUCAAUGCCAUAUCUUUGGCACGAUUGGUUAUGGAGAAGACUCCUCAUAUAUAUCUUGCAUUUGAUGGAGCAGAGGCUUUUGCAAGAGAACAAGGUGUUGAGACUAUAGAUUCGAGUCAUUUUAUUACUUCUGAAAAUAUCGAGAGGCUACAUCAGGCAAAAGAAGCCAAUAGGGUCCAGAUUGAUUAUACCCAACCUAUUACUGCUAAUUCAAAUAAGGAAACUACAGCUGCUGACGCUAACGGUGAUAGCCAAAUUGGAACAGUUGGCUGUGUGGCUGUUGACAGUUGCGGAAAUUUAGCCUCUGCAACUUCUACUGGUGGAUUAGUCAACAAAAUGGUGGGUAGGAUUGGAGACACACCUAUCAUAGGUGCUGGAACUUAUGCCAACCAUCUCUGUGCAGUCUCUGCUACCGGCAAAGGAGAAUCAAUAAUCCGUGGCACUGUUGCAAGAGAUGUAGCUGCUCUUAUGGAGUUCAGAGGCCUUUCUCUCAAGGAAGCAGCAUCCUAUGUUGUGGAUGACCGUGUUCCCAAAGGCACCUGUGGGUUGGUUGCUGUGUCUGCGACUGGAGAAGUCACCAUGCCUUUCAAUACAACAGAUGAGACUUACAUCUAG